CCUUCAGUUCGACGUGAUAAUUCGUACCAAAUAGCAAACCAACUUGGCAGCUCCGGAGACAGCUAGACUAGCCGCCUAGGGCCGCCGGGCCGUCAUCGGCAAAUCUACGAUCAAGAUCCCGAAUAUGGCGGAUUUCUCAGCUCGGAAGUAUAUUUAAGCUUGGGGUAACCCGCUCCCAGCUGGUUUUCGAAUGUGUGUAUCAGCCGGUAGCUACAGAAGACCAAAGGCAUAAAUAUUUCAUAUCGACCCGACCGCUCAACAUGUCCACCAUCAAAACAUCAUUCGUCCUCGAAGCGGGACCGAACACCGACAUCUGGAAGAAGCCGCCGACGACGAAUAUCUGGACUGCGCCCAUCUCCCACACGUCCUCGGGCCUCUUGAAGAACUUCGAAUCGGCCCGAGUCACUUUCUGGGCCGACUGGACGGAGCGGUACGACCAAGGAGGUCUGCUCCUCGUGCCUAAGCGCCGCUCGUCGGCCGGCAUCACCCCGCCCGAGAAGUGGAUCAAGACGGGCGUCGAGUACUACGUCGGGCGGCCGCAGCUGAGCACCGUCAGCACCGACCGCUUUGCGGACUGGAGCGUCGCGCCCCUGACGCUCGCGGAAGACGAGCCCGAGCCCGCCGAGGUGGGCGGCGUCACCAUCGAGAUCGCGCGCGAGGGCGACGAGCACGGCAGGAGCUUCUGGGUGUACCGGGUCGUGCUGGAUGCGAACGGCGGCGUCGUCGACAAGAUUCCCCUGAGGGAGAUCUGUUGGGUGCUCGCGGACGAGGACGAGGCCGGCGGCGAGGAGUGGCUUCUGGAUGUAAGUCCGCUGGCGGCGAGGCCGGAGAAGAGCGCGACCGGCUCGCUCGAGGUCAGAUUUAAGACCUUCGAGGUUCGGUGGGCGUCGUGAGGCGGAAAAUAAAAUCUAUGCCGCGACGAUAUCGGACGGCACGUUGCUCUACGGUCUGCAGUUCGUAUUCGGAUAUAUAUUCGACCACGGCUGCUUCUCGGCGUCACCGUAUUUGUCUAAGCGAAUCGGUGACGCGGUUUCGUGGUGGCUGAGUUGUAACCGUCUUGGCCGCUGAAGUCUUUAGACUUUUCCAUAUGUAGACAGACCUAUGCUUCUCAAUGGAGAGCCUGCCUAGAUAUCUCGGCUAGAAUGUUAAAAAUGAUAUGUCACAACGAAUGAAGCCUUUGGCUGCUACUACAAUAACACUAUUGACAGUGUGCUACAGUGUGACCUCGGGAAGUUACGUAAGGAGCGCCCGAGAAAUCUAGAACGUCAGUUUCGGUUCCAUUGGUCGUUCCGGUAUC